CAUCAAGAGCCAAAAUCUUAACUGAUAACAAAUAAAAACGUGAAAUGUGCGGAAUCAGAAUAAAUGUUUCAGUGGCUUUAUGCCCCCCCAAAAAGUCAGUCUAGUGUACGGUGCAAGAACAGUGAAGGAAGCAAAAGCUGGUAAAGGGCAAAGAUAGAUUGAUGUCGGGUUGAAACAAGUUCACAAAAAGUGACGAUAAUGUACUGCACACAAUAUGUAGGUUGCCUAGAGAAUGUGCCAAAAUAUUAUAAAACCAGGUGAAAUAUGCUGUUUAUUGGGAAGAAUAUUACAACGUUGUUGUUUUUGUCGUUUUCCUGCCUGUUAAGAUCAAGUUAGGAACAGUUAAGAUCAGAGAGAAAAGUAGAUUGAAUCAAAAUGUUCGAAUUCGGGGUGCCCAGAUAGCUCACCUGGCAGAGUUAGUGUCCAUGUACCAAGGCUGAGUCCUUGCUGGAGUACCCCAGGGUCUGAGCUGUCUGACCUGUGUCCCCCCCCUCCAAUAAAAGACCCCCCACAAAAAACAAAAAUGCUGGAAUUGUAGCUAUAGACAUAAUGUUACGCUUCCAUAACAGCACUUAUUUUCUUCAACUUUCUGUUUAAUGUCUUAUGUCAAUAUUCAUUGUAAGUGACAGCUGGUUGUAAACAAAAAACCGGGCUGUCUUCUUGAUGUCAAACAGUUUUCUUUCUUUUCAAACUCCCUCACUCCCUUUUGUGAAGUGAUUAUGCAAUCAUCACCUCCCUUUAGAAAAACAACUACAGAGAAAUAAGUCUCUCGUACAACCUGAUUGAGGUUUAUUCUUGUCAAGGCUGUGUGCCACUGAAGCUGUACCAUCUACACAACGUCAAUACAUUAUUGUAGGUCUGUUUUAGCUCUUGUCGGAUAUGAAGAUUGCUUCGUUCAACGUCCAGAGGUUUGGAAUCACAAAACUCUCCGAUCCAGAUGUCCUGGCAGCUCUGGUUAAGAUUGUGUCUCGAUACGACAUCAUAGUGAUUCUGGAGGUGGUGGAUGGGAGCGGAGCUUCUGUGGAACACUUAAUGAAAGAGCUGAACACAGUCAACACGACCCAUCACUACGCUCUACAGCUCAGUACCCGCCUAGGAAGGAACAGAUACAAGGAACAAUUUUUGUUUCUGUACAGGGAUGAUGUUGUUGACCUGAUUGACUGCUAUCAAUAUGAAGACAACCAGGUGAACGACAUGGAUGCUUUUGCAAGGGAGCCGUAUAUCCUCCACUUCAAACCACACAACACAGUGCUGAAGGAUAUAGUGCUCAUCCCGGUCCGCACCACACCCUGGGACUCGGAGAAGGAGCUGGAUGAGCUGUAUGAGGUCUUCCUGAUGGUCAAAGACAAAUGGAAAACAGAUAACGUAAUGAUCCUGGGGGAUUUCAAUGCGGAUGGUGCGUAUGUCACCCAGAAGGAAAUGAAGGGGAUCCGUAUUCGCAGCGACAAGAAUUUCCACUGGCUGAUCGGUGAUGGCGUGGACACCACCACAAAAACGUCAAAUGAACACACUUACGACCGGAUUGUGGUUUACGGAGAUGACAUGCUGGCAGCCAUUGUGCCAAACUCAGCCAAGCCAUUCAAUUUCCACAAGGAGUUUUCUAUGACAGAAGAAAUGGCCCUGAGAGUGAGCGACCACUACCCUGUCGAGGUAGAAUUACAUAGCGCUCUUCCAUUCUGGAUGGCAAACAGCCACCAAAGACAGAGACCAUCAGUUAACAGAGCUGUCACAGGCGGUGAGAAAAACGAGAGUUUGCAAGUGGAUCUGUUGUCCCUGCAGAAGGAAAACCUCCUCCUGGAGCGAGAAAAACUUCAACUUCAGAUCUCCUUAUUAAAACAUCGGCUUUCCACACUCAAAGUGAACAAAUGAUUAAAAGAUCUCAAGCACUAUCUUUUUAUUGCACUAUUGUUGUAUGACAAUUUUUUAUUUGAAUUAAUAAAUAUGCAAUAUGCGUAUAUAUGAAUGCUUUUAUA